AUGGCAGAGUUUGCAUCUCAACUCAGUCAACAGCCAGCGAGCACGCCAGCCACACCGGCACCCUCAGCGACUCAGUAUCUGAUUGCUACGCACACGGCACCCACCCCACCAGUUUCUAGCAUGACAUCACGCAGUAUCGGCCCAGUUUCAACGGCAAGCUCAGCAACGCUAUCGCCGACGAGCAGCUCAGGUCUCAGUAACGAGGUUAAACCAGCUAACGCCACUCGACUGUUAGAGUCAGUAUUGACACAAGAAGAACUUCAGCAUUGGUCCAGUAGCGAACACCACGAGAUCGUCGACAAUCGCCCUCAGCAAGCGCCGAUCCAGCUAACGUUAAAGGAACUAAUCAGUAUUGCACCAGAUAUAUGCAAGGAGCUAUGCAAACGACUACAAGCGAAGCCAAUAACCGACGAAAGGACCUCAGAAAGCGGACCCACGAAGUAUCACGAACCGCUGCCACCCCAAGUACCUCUAGACGACGACGAUAACGACGACAACUAUGACUAUGAAGCGGCUGUUAAGGCACUCUACCAAAUGGAUGACGGAGAUGCGCCGACGCCUCCAAACGACGACAACAACGACUAUGGAGCAGCUAUCGCGGACCUUUACCAAACGGACGACGAAACACCACUGCCACCUCGAAUUACCCUCUCGCUUCACAACGCCACGGCAAUAGCAUGGCCAUCCGAAACAUUAGGGAUUCAGCACAAAUCAGUCUCAGCAUCCCGCAAGGAUACGAACACCAGCACCAUCAUCAUUCAAGAAUACGGCCACUGUCAUAUCGUCAAACACGCACUCUACGGCACUCAGGACAAUGGUACUCAAGACGACAGCUACACAAGUGGUGUCCGCCUGAACGAAGUCAUUCAACGCACGACAACAACAGCUAAUGACUCGCCGCCACACACACCACUCAACUCGCAACAGGUUAACGGAAACUCGCCUCACGACAAUCUCUCCACGCCACCACCCUCUCCCCCACAUUCGCUUCACCUUCCCCAUCGUUAG